AUAAGUCCGGAUGUACGUUAUAGUGUAAAUAUAACGCUGUAAAUACUAACUAAUAUUAGGAAUAACAUUAUAAAGAAGGAUGCUCAAAAGUACUUAUGAGUUCGGAAGUACGCAAUAUUACAAGUGCAUUUUGUGAAAAUGAUAAUGUUGAAGUAUUGACCAACUUUUGGCCUAUGAACGAGAAGUUUUAAUGUAUUAUGUAUUGUUUGAUAAUGAUUGCUCCUGCAUAACAAAAAAUGACACCGUAAGAUUUAGAUACAGUACAAAGAAACGGAUCACUUAGAUAUUAUUGUUAUACGAAGGUUAAGCACAUGUUAAACAACAUGGAUUUGGAGGACUAUCAGGACUAUCGAGUGGCUCAAAAUAUAAAAGUUAUAUAUCCUCCAAUUUUAAUCAUCUUUGGAUUGACCGGAAACAUUGCUUCUUUGAUAAUUCUAGCACAGGUGAAACACAGGAAGACUUCAACUGGUGUAAUGUUGAUAUUUCUUACUUUUACUGACAGUCUUAUACUGGUCUUCGUUGUGUUUGUGAAAUGGUUACAGUAUGCAUUUGAAGUAGACGUUCGGAGCUCUUCUAGCGUAACAUGUAAAGUACACGUGUAUUUUACAUACUUUUUAAUGCAGCUGUCACCUUGGAUUUUAGUAAUUCUGACAACUGAACGUAUUUGUAGCGUACUAUACAUUCAUAAGGUCAAGCGUAUAUUUACGAGAAGAAAUGUUUUGAUUUUAUCAUUGCUGUGUGUUGUAUGUCUAGCCUGUUUGAACAGUCAUCUUCUUUAUGGAUUUACACUAGAUUAUCAUGAAGUAUUCAACAAAACAAGCUGUCAAGCUAUGAAACAUCAUGAGCAUUUCAUGUUCAAAAUCUGGCCAUGGAUUGAUUUCGCUUUUGCAUUUGCAAUUCCAUUUUGCGUUUUACUAACUGGAAACAUCAUUGUUCUAAGGAAAAUAAAAAAUAGCCGCCACUUUCGGAAAUCAAGUGUAUUCAAACGCAAAAUUGGAAACAGAUCAAGGAGAAGCGAGUCUGAUUCAAUGACGAAAACUGUUUCAUACUUUACAAAAGUAGCGAUUAUUCUCAGUUUGGCUUUUAUUGUAUGUGUUUCUCCUUUCACGAUUUUUGCGAUUGGACAGCCGUACUGGUUCCCAAUGGAAACUAUGACGUCACGGCGGUAUGCAAGACUUAUGCUUCUUGAAGCCGUUUUGCAUUUAUUUAUGUAUAUAAACAACGCUAUUAACUUUGUUCUUUACAUAUUGUGUGGCUCCAAGUUUCGGGCAGAUUUUGUCAACUGUUUAUGCCGUAAAGGUUGUAGGCUUCAUAGGUCAACCACUUACUCUUUCAACUCAAGAAGUUCACAGUCUUCUCAACGAUCUGAAGUGCUUUAAAAAUAUAUUUUAGUUAGAUUCUAUAUAUUAUUUUUGUCCAAAAUAGAUUAUAUAGUUAUAUAUGUACAAAGUCAAGACGGAAAUGUAACUUUAAGUUGUAAAGAACUCAGAAUUUAUUUGAUAUUUCGAACAAUGUAUGAGGAAAUGGUUGUUACACAAUAAAAUAAUAUAUCAUUUAUUUCUUAUUCUCAAGUUGAAAAUAUUAAUUAUGGGUUUAGUAUAAUCAAAUACCCAAUACUAGUGCUGCAUGAUUUAUAUCACAGACACGCUGGAUACGGACAGACGUUACAAAUGACUGACAGCUCUUUAGCCAAAGCACCACAGUUAUCGGGUUUUUGCACGUUUCUUUGUUGAGGUGGCAAUAUGGGCCAACCCGAUGAUUAUAGAAUUUAUAGAGAUUACAAUUAUCGCUUGGCAUUUAAUCUGCAUAUGAGCCCUGACAUGACAUUUCCAACAUAGUGGUCAUAUUUUACAUUUUACUUUUUUCAAAGAUUCUCAAAAUGCAAUCUUUUCUAAAUCAUCAAGACAAAAUUUAUUAUCUUUAGACAAAGAAAACUUGAUUUAUAACACUUUUUAACACUAUAAGUGACGUCGUUUUAUUCGACGGAUUAAAAAUGCAACGUGAAUAAACUGAAUCAUCGUUUUGCUUGACAUAUACUCCUAUAAACAUGUAUCUUAGCAUGUAAAUUAUUAACGUUACUAACGACGAAGCUCACAUUUGUAUUGUUAAAGAGUACCGUGUCAAUCGUAAGCCAUCUUAAGUACAUGUAACGACUUGUUGCACGAAUAGACAUAUACAAGUAUAUGGAAAGCCUUGACUGUCUUAUUAUUAUAAACCUGAACGUUGUUAUGUCCAAAUAGCAAUAUAUUGAGUCAACAUUUCCUUAUACAAGGUGCACUCAUUAAUAUAUAAUAUAUUAUGUGGAUCCAUUUUUAUAUGUAGUCAACUGAACACUAUUUGAUGUCAAUGUGUCUUUAUAUGAUGUCAAUAUAUCAUUAUACGAUGUGCAUUUUUGAAUAUAGUAUGUGGAACUAUCCUUAUAUAAGGUCAAAACACUCAGGUAAUGAAUGUGCACAGAAAUACCAACAUUUAUGUUUCAAAAAAUUGCAAGAAUAAAUAAAAAAUGAGA